AUGGAAAAGGCAGUUCGCAAGGCAACAAAACCCAAGCGUGCUGCUCCAAAAGCAAAAUAUCUAAAAGUAUUAAUAGAAGCAACUUCGGAUGAAUCUGCUUUAGGGUCGGCACUAAAGCAUCUUAAUCAUCGUCUAAAGGAACACAGCUGGACAGUUGUUUUCAAAAGUCUUAUUGUUAUUCAUGUUUUAAUGAGACAAGGCGUAAAUGCUCGUGUUUUAAAUUAUUUGGUGAGAGAUCCAACAAUUUUAAAUGUAUCAAGUUUUAAAGAUAAGUCAGGUACUCAAGGUUCUGAGCAAACUAAAAAUAUUCAUACAUAUGCCGCGUACAUUGAAGAAAAAGUAGCUGUAUACCGAGACUUAAAAGUCGAUUUUGUCAGAGAAAAAUUAGAUAAUGGCGAAGGCCGAUUAAGAAAGCUCUCAGUUGAAAAGGGACUUCUACGAGAAGUUGAAAUACUUCAACGUCAAAUAGCAGCUUUACUAAAUUGCAAGUUCUUUAUAGAUGAAGUAGAUAACGAAGUAACGUUGACAGCAUUUCGACUCCUUGUUGAGGAUUUACUUACACUAUUCCAAGCUAUUAAUGAGGGAGUCAUCAACGUUCUAGAACAUUAUAUUGAAAUGUCACGGAUUAACGCUAAAACUUCACUACAGAUUUAUAAAAAGUAUGUUCAACAGACUGAAAAAGUCGUUGAUUUUCUUAGCAUAGCAAAAAGAAUGCAAGCUGCUCUUAGAAUGAGCGUUCCAAACCUAAAACAUGCUCCUACAUCUCUAACAGCUACUCUAGAAGAUUAUGUUAAUGAUCCAGACUUCGAGGAAAACAGAAGGCAAUAUAAUGAAAAUAAGGGUUCAAAACAGGUUAAACAAACUGUUGAUAACAAAACCUCAUCGAAUAGCACUCCUAAAAAUACUGUAAAAAGUGUAGAUCCCUCUGUUCUUUCAAUCGUUACAAACGUUACCAAAACAUCUUCAAAAGAAAAAGAAUUUAUUGAUUUCUUCUCAAGUAUAGAACAAGAACAAACUUUGAUUUUUGGACCGCUUCAAACGUAUUCUCCCACAAAUACGUUAAGUCGCAGCGUUACCAACCCAUUUAUAGGGAUUCAAAAUCAACACAUAACCGAAUUUUCUUCACAACCUCAGAUAGUUCAAUCACCAGUUACUUCUCAUGAUACUAAUCCAUUUCGAUUUACCAUUAUCGGUCAAGAUGUGUCCACUAAUAGAUCUUCUACCAUGUUUGGUCAAGAUAUGUCCUCUAAUAGAGCUUCAAUUUUGCCAUCUGUGCAGCAAAACCCAUUCCAAUCUUCUAUACCUAUUUCGUCUUAUAGUAAUCCAUUCACUUCUAUGAAUACUAUUCAAUCUCCACAAUUAUCUCAACAAUUAUCCCCACAAUUAUCUCCACAAUCUAUGCAAAUAACUCCAAUUCAAUCCAAUACUACUUUAGAUAGUAACCCGUUUAGAAG